CUGCGUCUCUCACCUCCCCCUUUGGCUCUAGCUGUCGCCUCCUUUAUAAAGCCUGGCUUUCCUAUCACCCCCACGUGCCCCUCACUGCUGCUGCCAGCUCUGGGCUCCAUGGACUGGUCCCAUCUGAGGUGCCCCUGACCGUCCCUGUCCCCCACCCCACCCCGGAUCCCGGCAAUGCUAACCGCUGUCUGCGGCUCUCUGGGCAGCCAGCAUACGGACGCGCCCCACGCUUCACCGCCGCGCCUCGACCUGCAGCCUCUCCAAACAUACCAGGGCCACACGAGCCCCGAGGCCGGGGACUACCCCUCCCCGUUGCAGCCUGGAGAGCUGCAGAGCCUCCCUCUGGGCCCGGAGGUAGACUUCUCCCAGGGCUAUGAGCUGCCGGGGACCUCCUCGCGGGUAACCUGCGAGGACCUGGAAAGCGAUAGUCCCUUGGCCCCGGGACCCUUUUCCAAGCUCCUGCAGCCGGACAUGUCACACCAUUACGAAUCGUGGUUCCGGCCGACUCAUCCAGGCACAGAGGAUGGCUCGUGGUGGGACCUUCAUCCGGGCACCAGCUGGAUGGACCUCCCCCACACUCAGGGCGCGCUGACCUCACCUGGCCACCCAGGGGCGCUUCAGGCUGGUUUGGGGGGUUACGUUGGAGACCACCAGCUUUGUGCCCCGCCGCCCCACCCGCAUCCGCACCACCUCCUCCCAGCCGCCGGAGGGCAGCACCUUCUGGGGCCACCUGACGGGGCAAAGGCCUUGGAAGCGGCCGCGCCGGAGUCCCAAGGGCUGGAUUCCAGUCUGGACGCGGCGGCCCGGCCUAAAGGCUCCCGGCGGUCGGUGCCCCGCAGUUCAGGCCAGACCGUUUGUCGCUGUCCCAACUGUCUGGAGGCGGAGCGACUGGGGGCUCCGUGCGGGCCCGAUGGGGGCAAGAAGAAGCAUUUGCACAAUUGCCAUAUCCCAGGCUGCGGGAAAGCCUACGCCAAGACGUCGCACCUGAAGGCGCACCUGCGCUGGCACAGCGGCGACCGUCCCUUCGUGUGCAACUGGCUCUUCUGCGGCAAGCGCUUCACGCGCUCCGAUGAGCUGCAGCGCCACCUCCAGACCCACACCGGCACCAAGAAGUUCCCAUGUGCGGUCUGCAGCCGGGUCUUCAUGCGCAGCGACCACCUGGCCAAGCACAUGAAAACCCACGAAGGCGCCAAAGAAGAGGCUGCCGGGACCGCCCCGGGCGAGGCCAAGGCUGGCGGCGUGGUGGAGCCCCCCGGGGGCAAAGGCAAACGGGAGACCGAGGGCAGCGCGGCGCCUUCCAACUGAGCCCCUUGGGUGCCGCCUCCCUACCUGUCUCCUGGGUGCACUGGAAGAGAGUCCCUAGAUCAGACGUCCUUAGGGGGCGGUUUGAGUAAGAGGGGAAGGUGAUUAUUUAUUAAGGGGGAGGAAAAGUGGUGACGGAACAGGGAGACCGGGGCUAGGGGUAUUUUAGUCUCUGGGGUUGGACUGGACGAGCUGCGCAUGCCUCUCCGUUCUUCCCUUCUCCACUAUUUCACCCCUUUCCUCCCCGGGCUGGGCGGUUGGGAUGGGGCAUCUCUACCACCUCUAGGGGUGGAGGGGACCGCCAUCCCCUUCAGUCGCAGUUGAGAGGAGUGGGGCUGGCCCGGGGCGCUGGGGGUAGUUGUCUGG